GAACAUCUGAAUCCUCUUAGAGCUCCCUGGCCCAGCUGUGAGAGUGAGUGUGUGUGUGUGUGUGUGUGUGUGUAUGAGAGAGAGGGAGAGAGAAAAAGAGAGAGGUUCCUGGUGCCCCUCCAAAGCGCAUUAAGGACACUCGGGCCCUUUUAAUUUUAGGAAUGAAUGCUGAUACUUGUGUUUCUUAUUGUGAUCCGGCUGCCAUGGAUUCCUACUACAACGCAGCCUCCCAGGGCACAGAAGGCUCCUCGCCUUUUAGGGCAUUUCAAGCAAGUGACAAGUUCAGCCCUACUUUCCUGGCCAGCAAAGGACAAGGCUUUGGUGACAGCAACGCCAAGUGCCGGAGCCGCUACAGCCAACAGGAAUGUCAGCCCCUGGACGGCAACGGCCAAGCUCCGGCCUCCUUUAACAAAUACCCUCCUCAACAACCCCCCCCGCACCUCUACAUGCAGCGAGGCCCCUGCAAAACCCCCCCGGAGAACAACCUCAAGCUGCAAGAGAGCAGCGGCCACAACGGAGCUCUGCAGGUCCCCUGUUACGGUAAGGAGAGCAGUUUGGGAGAGGCCGACUUGCAGCCCAGCUCCGACCCUCCGGGAAUGGACAGCAGCUACCUCAGCGUGAAGGAAGCCGGGGUGAAAGUGCCCCAGGACAGGGCCAGCACCGACCUCCCCAGCCCCAUGGACAAGGCCGACUCGGAGAGCAACAAGGGCAAGAAGCGGAGGAACCGCACCACCUUCACCAGCUACCAGCUGGAGGAGCUGGAGAAGGUCUUCCAGAAGACCCACUACCCGGAUGUCUAUGCCAGGGAGCAGCUAGCCAUGAGGACGGACCUCACUGAGGCUCGUGUACAGGUGUGGUUCCAGAACAGGAGGGCGAAGUGGCGCAAGCGGGAGCGGUUUGGCCAGAUGCAGCAGGUCCGGACCCACUUCUCCACCGCCUACGAGCUGCCCCUGCUCACCCGCGCUGAGAACUACGCCCAGAUCCAGAACCCUUCUUGGAUCGGCAACAACGGAGCCGCCUCCCCCGUGCCCGCCUGCGUCGUCCCCUGCGAGACGGUGCCCUCCUGCAUGUCCCCCCAUGCCCACCCCCACCCGGCUGGCGGCGUCUCCGAAUUCCUCGGCGUCUCCGGCCCCGGCGGCCACGUGGGACAGACACACAUGGGUGGCCUCUUCGGUACGGCCGGCAUGAGCCCCGGCCUCAACGGCUACGAGCUGAACAGCGAGCCGGACCGCAAGACCUCCAGCAUCGCUGCCUUGAGGAUGAAGGCGAAGGAGCACAGCGCCGCGAUCUCCUGGGCCACAUGACAGGCCUGCACCGUCCCCGCAGCGCCCGCCGGGCACCGAGAGAGCAGAGGAAGGAGGGGAGAGGAGGGGAGGGGGGGACAACACGACACAGCCCAGUAAAUCCAUCCAUCCAUCCAUCCAUCCAUCCAUCCAUCAUCCAUCCCAGCUUGGACUCCAGACAGCAGUGGCCUCCUCGGGGAUCCCAACGCAGCACUUUCGCCCACCCCGGCCGUAGGAAGCACCCGCCGUUAACGUAAGUGGCACGUUCCAAGGCGGGGAGAGGGACCUGCUGUGGGGCAGCACCUCUCCCGAGAGAGUCAGAGACCUGGGGUCGGGGGGUGGCCUCCCCUCUCCCCGCCGCCUCCCCAAAAACCUGGGCAUUUUUUAUUUUUUUUUAAUUUUUUUCUCCCCACUCCUUUUUUUUUCUAACGCCGGAGCCGCCUGUUCCAAAAAGAGCAAGAGCCUGCUGGGGGGGUCAGCAGGUUCCCCCCAUCCCUCCAAAAAACACACACACAUGUUUUCUCCUCCUCAUUUGUCGACGGCAUCGCUCAGAUCUGUUCUGCCCUGGGCAGGGGACUGGAUGGGGGACUCUGGCACCAGCAAAGAGACACCUCUCAGGUGUCUUCAGCAAGGAACCUUUAGCAAGGAACCAUCCUCUUUAGCAAGGAACCAUCCUCAUUAGCAAGGAACCAUCCUCUUGAGCAAGGAACCACG